AUGAGUUCCUCUGAGGGCCUUCCAUACGUCCAACAUAACAACAAAAACAAUUUGGAAGCCAGUGGAAGCCACUCCAAUGUCAACUCAAACAAAGAUGAAAAUGAGUCAUCCUCUAAUUCCAACACUAAGAUUGAGAAUGCAUCUAUUCUGGAUACGGUACCCUUCCAUGUGGAACUCCAUCAACAUGCGCAAUCUGGGCGUUCGCCACAACAUGGAUUACGACCUCGAGAAGAUGUGCAUUCACGACAUCAAUCGCAGUUGCGGCCACUUACAAGAUAUCAACAUCGAUCACUUCAGUAUCGACGAGCUCCUCGCCUACAUCACCCAAAGAAUUAUAAAAAUAUACUCGUAGAGGUGUCCACAGGUUGGCUUUGUGCCCAACUCGAGGCCGACCCGAUAAAAAUGGGUAGAGAACGUUCUGACCCGUCACCGACUGGCGAGGGAGUCGGAUUGGAGCGACGAGAGAAGUGGAGAACUUUGUUAUGGGUGCAACGAACCAGUAUUUGUUAUGGCUACAGUUGUAAAGAAUGCGGAGAAGGGUGGUACCUCCAUCAUAAAUCAUGUGCUGAACUACCCCUUGGGUUGCACCAUCCUUCACACCCAAAUCAUCCUCUUAUUCUCUUCGGCAUAUAUACAUAUCAUGAUAACAACAGAGAAGAAUUUGACAAAUUCAGCAAAUGCGACGUCUGCGGAGAAAAGAGUGGUGAAUACAGUUAUUGUUGUUACCGUUGCAACUUCAACAUUAACAUCAGAUGUUCUUCUUUAUCACUCACCAUCCAAACUGAAGUCCAUGACCACCAAUUGACCCGCAGCAUUUGGAAGCUGAUGAAGUUCACUUGCGACUUCUGUGGCAAAGAAGGCAAUCUGCCCUAUUGUUGUGUCCAAUGCGAUUUCGCUAUACAUUCACGUUGUGCUGCUUGCCCACGCAGACUGAAAGUUUAUCGUCACAACCACCCUCUCCACCUCACCCCUUCUCUUGAAGUCCAUCCAUCCGACUCUCCAAUUUGCCUACUCUGUGUUCGAAAAGUGGAUACACUCUGCCUUUACUAUUGCUCAAGAUGCGAUUUUGCUGCCCACCUCUAUUGUGCUAUGCUCCACCAUAACAGGGAGUACAUAAAUUUGCAGGAACUUAAAGAGGAGCAGUCCACCGAGUCAAAAUCUGAAGAUCCAGGGCUCCAUCAAUCCUUUGACUCAUAAAUUUGCGAAGUCAUAAAAAGCACUGUGGAGGAGGAUGGAACUGAAAUAGCCACAGAAAUCAAACACUUCAGUCACGUGCAUGAUUUG